GCACCGGCUGUCGCAGCAACAAGCUCCUGUGGCCGCCGGCACCGUCCACGGAGGAGCAGCGCCCGCCCUCCCCGCCCCCUCCACCGAUUCCCUUCUCGGCGGGGACUCGCCGCCCGGCGGCAGCCCGCGCCUCCUCCUGGUCAACUUUGAGCCGGAGGAGAAGCAACUUUGACAGUGGCUGCGGGUUUCGAGUCCCGAUUCUCCCCGGCAGCCGUGGCCUCGCAAGUCGCCUGGGUUAGGGGGGGGAGGGCAAGAGUUUCCUGGGCGCAGCUGUGCAGCGGCUGGCUGUUUUGCAACCUGUUUCCAGCGAGCGGGGAACGGGCUUGCAGCUACUAGUCAUCCGAAGGAGGUGAACUUCUUCCCCUUAGCUCACCUCGCCGGCUCCUGGAGAAGCUGUAUCGCCAGGAUGUAAAUAGGCAGAGCCACCGUUACCGAGAAGGCGAUCACCCCAAGGCAGGGCGGAGCGUGGGGCUUCGUCCGGGCUCCUCUCAGGCGCAACAUUGAAUCCACAGUCAGGUGUCGGUUGCAACUUUUCAAGGUCAGCCACCGGGAGCAGAGAGUCCCUCUCGGAGCCUUGGGGCUUCGCAGCGCUCGGGCUGGAUUUGGCUGAGACAUGCACCGGACGCCAGACGAGGAAGGAUCGUAGCGCCGGAGGGUGGUGACCCCCCAAUCCCAUCCCCCCCAAGCUCCGGGUAAUCUCCCGUUCCCCGCUCUCCGGGCGGCCGUGUGUGACAUGUGUCUAACUCUCAGCAGCAACUUAGGCAGCAGGUGUCGGUCCUAAGCAGGAGCCGCGGCUGCCGGGCGCACCCUCACCGAGCCAUGCCGGGCAGGAGCGCGCCUCUCGCCCGCACCUCGCGGUCGCUGCUCCUGCUCCAGCUCCAGCUCCUGCUCCUGCUCAAGGUUUCUGCCUCUGCUGCUCGCGGGUCCGCCCCUGCGCCCAGGAACGAAACUUGUCUGGGGGAAAGCUGCUCACCUACAUUGAACCAGCGGCGCAGCAGGGACGCUUGGGGGCCGGGUCAUUCUGCGGGAGCCCCUCCGCUCACCCGCGCGCCCCGGGAGGGGGAGCGAGAAGCCGCGGUGCGCGUGGCGCCCCCGUGGGACCUGCCGGCAACCCGGAGCGGUGACCCGGGUGCGGGCAGAGGGGCGGAGGCGUCGGCGGCGGAGCCCUCGGGACCUCCAGCCAGACCACCUGGCGCCUGGAGGUGGAGAGGUGCCCGGGACCCGGAGCCCCCUGGACCUCUGGGGAGAGGGAACCCCACCGGUCUCCAGCUCUUCCUUCAGACCUCAGAGGAAAAGGAGAAGGGUCCUGGAGGCGCUGGCAUUUUCGGGCGCAGCCAGGAGCCCGGUGUGAGGACGGAACCCGGAGCCGGCGACCUUUAUUACUGGCCAAGGAGAGCCGGGAGACACCAAGGGUCCCACCACGACUCCCCCUCCAAGACGGGGGGCGAAGGGCGGAUGAUUGCACCCCCCGGGAGGGCGCUGGCUCAGAAUGGGUCCUCGGGUGAAGGGCUCCACGAACGCGAGGAUCCCCGCCGGCGAAACAGCACAAACCGGCGCUUGCGCCUGAAGAACCCUUUCUACCCGUUGACCCAGGAGUCGUACGGAGCGUACGCGGUCAUGUGUCUGUCGGUGGUGAUCUUCGGGACGGGCAUCAUUGGCAACCUGGCGGUGAUGUGCAUCGUGUGUCAUAACUACUACAUGCGGAGCAUCUCCAACGCCCUCUUGGCCAACCUGGCCUUCUGGGACUUCCUCAUCAUCUUCUUCUGCCUCCCACUCGUCAUCUUUCACGAGCUGACCAAGAAGUGGCUGCUGGAAGAUUUCUCCUGCAAGAUUGUGCCCUACAUCGAGGUUGCUUCGCUGGGAGUCACGACCUUCACCUUGUGUGCUCUGUGCAUAGACCGCUUCCGGGCUGCCACCAACGUGCAGAUGUACUAUGAGAUGAUAGAAAACUGCUCCUCCACAACCGCCAAGCUGGCUGUCAUAUGGGUGGGCGCCCUCCUGCUGGCGCUUCCAGAAGUCGUCCUUCGCCAGCUGAGCAAGGAGGACUCGGGCUUCAGUGGCCGCGCCCCCGCGGAACGCUGCGUCAUCAAGAUCUCCCCGGACCUGCCCGACACCAUCUACGUCUUGGCCCUCACCUACGACGGCGCCAGGCUCUGGUGGUAUUUCGGCUGUUACUUCUGUCUGCCCACGCUGUUCACCAUCACCUGCUCCUUGGUGACGGCGCGGAAAAUCCGCCAGGCGGAGAAAGCCUGCACCCGCGGGAACAAGCGGCAGAUCCAGCUGGAGAGCCAGAUGAACUGCACGGUGGUGGCCCUGACCAUCUUGUACGGGUUCUGCAUCAUCCCCGAGAACAUCUACAACAUCGUUACCGCCUACAUGGCCACCGGGGUUUCCCAGCAGACCAUGGACCUGCUGCACAUCAUCAGCCAGUUCCUGCUGUUCUUCAAGUCCUGCGUCACGCCGGUCAUCCUCUUCUGCCUGUGCAGGCCCUUCAGCAGGGCCUUCAUGGAGUGCUGCUGCUGCUGCUGCGACGAGUGCGCGCAGAAGUCCUCCGCGGCCGCCAGCGACGACAAUGACAACGAGUUCACCACCGAGCUGGAGCUGUCCCCGUUCAGCACCAUCCGCCGCGAAAUGUCCACCUUCGCUUCUGUCGGGACUCAUUGCUGAAGGACGCUGGGUUUGGUUCGAUUUUUUUUAUUUUUUAUUUUCAUACCCCGGGAAAGGUUUUACUUCCUAUUUUUUUCCUGACUGGGAAAGACAUGCAGACAGAAGAGAGAACUAUUAACUGCCGUAGAACUGAUUUUGCAAAUUAAUAUUUGUGCUUUGGAAAAAAAAAAAAAGGUUUAUAUUUAGUUAUUUAAGAAGUCUGAGGAGGCCAAUAGUUUUAGAUAAUGUUAUCUGGUAUGGUGCUAAUAUUUUCUUUUGGGGAAAAAAAGUUCUCGCACCUUAACGAAUUGCUAAUUUUCUUUCUUUUCAAAAUAUAAUCACUGUAAGUUGAUGAUAGCCAUGUGAUUUUGUAGGUUAUAUUACGUUUGAGUUGUAAUUGAAAGUAUAUUGUAUAUAUUCUAUAUCAUGAGAUGAUUUGUAGAUAAGAAACAUUCACAAAGUAGCACCAAAUAAAUGACACUUUAUUCUUUAA